AUGUCGUGGGUGAAAUCAGUGGCGUCUAGUGAGGAUGUGUUCGACGAGGAUGUGGAUGAUAUUAGUCUGCAGAACAAAGAAUGGAAAUACAACAUGGAAAAACGCACAAAGGAUGGUUACAGAGAUGGCAGUGAUGCAGGGAAAGAAGCGUCACUACAGACUGGUUUUAACAUGGGAUACACAGAAGGAGUCACUAAAAUGACGGUCAUCGGUCAGCUUAAAGGAAUCAUGAGUGCUGUUCGAUGCUGGUGUCAGGUUCAUCUGCCUGGAAGCCCAGCUUUAGAGUCAGUUACCAGUCUGCUUCAGAAAUUGGAGACACAUGAGGACGGGCUUGUGGAGGCCAUGAGGAAAGCCCAGCUGAGGCCUCCACCUUGUGUGACUGAGAUGGUGGAUGACAUGGAGGACCUAAAUGUCGAGAACAGGAACCAAGAGGGAGAAUCUAGGAACUCAAACAAUGGGAACUGUUGUGGGAGAGAUGGAGCGAAUAAUGACUGCUGUGGAAAUGUCAGAGAUGUGAGUGAAGAUUCACCAAGAGCUCUUUUCCAGAGUUCUUCGUCUACAGGAGAGAGUCUGAAACAGCUGCUGAAGUGCUGCUUGGACUUGAUAACAGAACUGGGGCUUCCUGAAGAACUAAAACUUCACAUUCAGCAGCUCAUACACACUUGA